UAUUUUAUUGUGAUGCGGCGAAAAGUGUAACGUUUUCCAUCACUACAUAGCCCAGUGUAAAUUUUAUUCUAUAGCUACGGUCACGCUGAAAUAUUUGUACACAAUAAAAACCGGCUCGUUUUUUCGCUGAAAAAGAACUCUUCGCGUUUUCCAUAAUGAUCACCGACGUGCAAUUGGCAAUUUUCUCUAACGUCCUUGGCGUGUUUCUAUUUCUGUUGGUUGUGGCUUACCACUAUAUUAAUGCUAAUACCGGAAAGCCCAGCGGCAAGGCAAAAUGAUCUUCAAUGUUUCCGCUAACGGACUAAUGUAGUUGUACCAGGAUAAUGCUUCAUUCGCAAAAUAAAUAGUUGUGUAAAUCUAA